AUGCUCUUCUUCUUAGAACAGACAGAACUAAAGGCCCCUGCUGCUCCUGCCAACCCCUACUGCCCCCUGCUGUCCCUACCGCUCCCUGCUGGCCCUGCCACCCCCUGCCCACUCCUGCCACCUCUUCCGCCCCUGCCGCCUUGCCACCCCCUGCUGUCCCUACCGCUCCCGCCGCUCCCUACUGCCCUGCCGCCCCUACUGCCCCUGCCGCCCCUACUGCCCUGCCGCCCCUACUGCCCUGCCGCCCCUACUGCCCCUGCCGCCCCUACUGCCCUGCCGCCCCUACUGCCCUGCCGCCCCUACUGCCCUGCCGCCCCUACUGCCCUGCCGCCCCUACUGCCCCUGCCGCGCCUGACCCACCCCAGCCACCUCUUCCGCCCCUGCCGCCUUGCCGCUCCCUGUGCCCCCUGCCUGCCCCUGCCGCUCCUACUGCCCCUGCUGCCACCCCUGCUGUGA